CGGCACUUGAUCCAACCUUAAGAGGGGGCGGCGGACGGAGGUGCCAUUCGACUUUUGGUCUGUUCAGAAGAGCAAGGCUCUUGUGGCAUGACGACCACAAACAAAGGAAAUAAAGCAUUGAAGGUGAAGCGGGAGCCUGGGGAGAAUGGCACCAGCCUCACAGAUGACGAGCUCGUGACCAUGUCGGUGCGAGAGCUGAACCAGCACCUGCGGGGCCUUUCAAAAGAGGAGAUCCUGCAGCUCAAGCAGCGGCGUCGCACCCUGAAGAACCGCGGCUAUGCCGCCAGCUGCCGGGUGAAGCGUGUCACUCAGAAGGAGGAGCUGGAGAAGCAGAAGGCCCUGCUGCAGCAGGAGGUGGACAAACUGGCCAACGAGAAUGCCUCCAUGCGCGUCGAGCUGGAUGCGCUCAGGUCUAAGUAUGAGGCGUUGCAGACCUUCGCCAGGACUGUGGCGCGGAGCCCAACAGUUGGGGUUGGGGUCAGGGCUGGGGGCGGUGGAGGAGGGGGCGGAGUGCCCUCGUCAGUAAUCGGGCCACUCAUACCAGGGAAGGCGGCAACUGCGACGAGCGUGAUUACGAUAGUGAAGUCUAAAACGGAUGCUCGGUCUUGA